AUGAUACCAUUAAAUUCUCCCUCCUUGUCAGAUCGUUUAUAUUUUGUGGCAUUUAAAAAGAAUUUUAAACCAAAAAAUACUGCAACCAGUCAUUAUUUUAGCAUCGAUGAUGAUUUUAUCUAUGAAAAUUUCUACAAUGAUUUUGGUCCUCUCAACAUUUGCAUGCUGUAUCGCUAUUGUCAGAAAUUGAAUGCCAAAUUAAAUAAUAAAACUUUGGCCAAUAAGAAAAUUGUACAUUACACCUCCAUGAAUCCGGCUAAAAGAGUUAAUGCCGCCUAUCUAAUGGGAGCAUUUGCGAUAAUUUACCUCAACAAAUCACCCGAAGAGGCCUAUCGCCCCUUGGUCAUGGGCGAAAUACCUGCUUAUACACGUUUUUGUGAUGCCUCCUAUGGUCCCAGUGGCUAUAAAAUCUCUCUAAUCGAUUGCCUAAAUGCUGUACACAAAUCUUUAAAAGCAGGUUUCUUUAAUUUUGAAGAUUUCGAUGCCGAAGAGUAUGAAUAUUAUGAACGUGUUGAAAAUGGUGAUUUCAAUUGGAUUGUUCCUCAAAAGUUUAUUGCCUUCUGUGGACCUCAUCAAAAGUCCAAAACACUGCCGAAUGGUUAUCCUUGCCAUUCACCAGAAACUUAUUUUGAAUAUUUUCGUGGUAAUAAUGUAACGACCAUCAUACGUUUGAAUGCCAAGGUUUAUCAUGCUUCCAGUUUUGAGAAUGCCGGUUUUGAUCAUAAAGAUCUAUUUUUCAUAGAUGGUAGUACGCCUAGCGAUUUGAUAUUGAAGAAAUUCUUAACGAUAUGUGAGACAACAAAGGGUGCCAUAGCAGUGCAUUGUAAAGCUGGUCUUGGACGCACUGGUAGUUUAAUUGGUGCUUAUAUUAUGAAACACUAUAAUUUCUCAGCUCUGGAAGCUAUUGCCUGGUUACGUUUAUGUCGUCCUGGUUCUGUUAUUGGUCAUCAACAACAAUGGAUGGAAGAUAAACAAUCAUGGCUGUGGUCUGAGGGAGAACGCAUGCGUAAACGUGCUGGUACCUGUUGUCCCGUACACAAAUAUGGCAUUUAUAGUUUAUUGUAUAAAACUUGUUCUGCUGGUCAGUUACGUUCGAAUGAAAAUAAUACGGAAAUGUUAAUGACACGCGUCAAGGGUAUUUCACAAAAGGUCGACACUAUGCAUUUGAAUGAGGAAGAUCAAACGGAUUCGAAUCAAUUGGACUCAUUGGAAUCGUAUGAGAAUGGCAAUAAAACUCUAACAACACGUACACGUUUGUUAAUGACAGCGAAAGAUGGUGCUAUAACACCGCCAACUAGUGCUAGUGAUAAUGACAAUGACGUUACCGAAACCGAAGAAGAAUCUACAACCUCUAAUACUAAUAGCACAUUUAUAGUGUCACGAAGACGCAAAUCACCGACAACAGUUACCAGUACUAAGAGCAGUAAUGUUACUACUAGUACUACCACAUCCCUAAGAAGUUCACCUACUCCUACGGGUGGUGGAGUAGGUGGUGGUGGAGGUGUUGCUGCUAUUACUGAAAUAACUUUACGUCGAACACCACCUUUAAUGGGUAAUGGUCAUAGUUUGAUAACAUCAACAACGGUAACUAGCUCAAGUGUCACCACUAAUACUAAUGUGUCUUCAUCUCCUUUGUAUUCUGAAAAGAAACUGAAAAAACCUUCAACUACUUAUGAACCGGCCGCCUUACAAAGGCCUACCAUAGCAUCCACAGUUAAAAUGACUCAGGCAGCUAUAGAAAAGACCAAGGCACAAACUCAGGGUGACAAACUAAAUCAAAUAAAGGCCAUGAGAAGGCAACAUAAUUCCAGAUCUGGUGGUAGUACAGGUGAAACUGAAAAUCCUCUACGUCAUACCCGAGCACGUUCACAACCGUUCCGUAAUAACAAUAAUUUGGUUAAUAUGUUGGCCACCAGUACAACAACCACAACUGGCCUAAAGGCUCAAGAUUGUUUGGAUUCAAAUGCAGCAGUGACAGCUACAAAUAAUUUAUUAAAUAAUAACAACAAUAUUAAUAACAAUAAUAAUAACAACAACAGUAAUAACAAUAAUUGUAAUAAUAUUAACAAUAAUAAUAAUAAUAACAACAACAAUAAUAAUAGUGUUGGUGGUCCAACUACAACAGCAACAACAAAUCUAACCUCAACUACCACCACCAUGGGUUUAAAUAGUGUUAAUAGUACAAUAACAACACGGGCACGCAGUUUAGCUAUUUAUAGCAAAAGAAUGGGACUAAUGCAUUUACGUAAAGCUGAACAACAGCAACAGAUUUCAAAUAAUGUCACUGCCGCCAAUAAUAAUAACAACAACAACCACAAUGCCAAUACUGUAAGUUCCACAACAACAUCAUCAACAUUGCUACAACAUCAACAUGAUGUAACUACACCCACACUCAGUAGUUUAAAUAAACAAACGAAAACCUACAACAACACUUUAAUAAGUUCCACCACAAAUGAAAGUAAAAUACCGAUAGUGAGAGCAACAGCAGCUUUAAUUGAUUUAAAUGUGGCCAUAAAUCAUGGUGGUGGUGUAGUGGGUUCAUCGGCCACUAUACCGCCUUCUAGAAGUUCAAAUAGAUUAUCGGCAGCAGCCGCUAUAACAGCACCAUCACAUCAUCACAUGACUUUGAGAGGAAGAUCACGUUUAAGAUAUCAUCGUCAUCAGGAUGGUGGUGGUGGUGGUGGAGCCGGAGGAGGUUUGCAACAAGCACCACCUUGUACUGUGACUACUGCACGUUAUUAUCGAGAUGUUUCUGCUUUACCCUCAGCCAUACAGUUGGGCAGUGGUAUUAGUGGUGGCGGUGGCAUUACAACACGUUCAUCUUCAGCUACAUUGGAUUUAAAUUCGAAUCCUUUACCCUCUUCCGGCACUCUCUUGGCCAAUAUGAACAAAACUAAUAAUCAUAAUAGCAGCAACAACAAUAGCAAUAGUAGUAGUACAACAACAACCACAACAUGUAGCAAUAGCAAUAGUAAUAAGUUGGAAGAACGUAUACUGCGUACCAAUACAACAAAAUCCUCUUGUACCUCUGCCAAUCAUUCAAAUUCCUCUUCUGACGCUGAAACCCUUAAAUCCACACAUUCAAACAAUACAAAUCGUCUUAGUCGUACAUCACAGCGUUCCUUGCCAUCAACGACGGGUAUACCCUGUAGUAGCCAAUAUGGCAGCGGAGUUUCUGGUGGAGGCUUUAGUAAUAUUAAACGCAAUAAAAGAUCCUUGAGUAGUACACGCAUUGAAAAGGACAAAUGUGAUGAGUACAACACUAAAUUGCUGAGAAAGACUAAUAAUCAAGUAUCGUCUGCCUCCAACAACAACAACAAUUCUGCUACUGGUACCACCUCAUCUUCGACAGUUGUUGGUGGUGGUGGUGGUAGUUUUCGCACCAGACAUCGCCAGGCAGCUAUUACAAAUUUGGAAUCUUCUACCGCUUCUUCUACAUCUUCGACCUCUACCUCCGGUAUACCUACACCUACUACAAGUCAGGGUCUUUAUAUGCCGCGCAGUGCUAAAUAUGCUGCUGGAGUUAUGGCUACCGAACAAAGGGAACAUCAGCAGCAACAUCACCACCAGCAGCAGCAGCAACAACGUUUGUCUUUAAAGUUGCGCAAGAAAAUAAGUUACUAGAAUUUGGAGUCAUUACCUACGAUUAGUAGGUAUAGCAAGAGGUCCAAAAGAUAAAUACAUAUGUAUGUAUUAAGUUUAAAGUCUGAGAGUUAGAGAACAAAAUGUUAAACUUAAGUUGUAUAGAGCUAUAAAAAGGGAGAAAGUUAAAUUUCAAGAUUAAUUAGCAAGGAGUUUUAAAGAUAAUUUGUUAAUUGGGAAUGGUCCCACUACCCAACAUUCAGUUUUAUUGAAGUAAUACUUAAGUAUUACGAAAGAAUAGAAGUAUUCUUUUUCAAAGGAUUCUAGAUCAGAUUCAAAUUCAGAAAAAAAUUAACUGGAUAAUAAGUUCCAGUUAAGUUGAUGAAUCUUAAAAGGGAGUAUAAACGUUGUAUUUGGUAAAAUUUAUUGAACAUCGGGUUUGCUGCUACUGCCACUCUAGGAAACUUUUUUCGGAAACUUUUGAUUUUGCCUGAAGAGAAAUAAUAUCAUUCAUAUCUCUCUCGUGGUACGGAGUUUCUCUUACUCGGAAACUUGUUUUGUUUUGCUAUUCUUCUCAUUCGUGCAACAACAAAUCAAUGAAAUUAACACGUUGUUUCCGAAAUAAAAGUGUAGACAUUAAGGAAACUUCAAAAGAGAAUUAUGAAAAAUUUUCUCAACAAAAGUUUCCUAAUAUGGACCAGGUCUUAAAGAAGAGAGAAAUACAUUUAGGGUCAAUCUUUAGAUGAAGGAUUAUGGAUUAAAUUAGAAUUUAUCUUCGGAAGUUGUUUUUGUUUGUUGUUUUCAAUUGGUUAACUUUGUUUGCUAGUUUAAGCGCCCAAUGAAGGUGGUUUAAACUUGAGCUGAUGCCAAGCUGAUGCCAAAACGGAAUGAAGAGAGCCAUUAAACUGUCAAAUUUUCUAUCAGUAUUCUCUCUUAAUGUGUGAUGAUUUUAAUACAUAUUGCGCUCAGACAAUCCCAUCCGUAUUCGUGUAAAGCCGUCUUAAAGAUUAAAAGUAAAAAAAGCCUAUUAAAGAGUUUGUCCAUUAGUCCAUUUUCUUUGAAAACAUAUUUUUUUCUAAACGUACAAUAUUUCUUUUAAAUUUCAAAUGCCAUACAUAAGUGUUCCUUUAAAAAAUUAGUCAAAAAUUUUAUUAUUUUAACCCAUUAGUAUUUAUGUUUAAAACAUAUGUUUUUUAAUUUACUUUUUUUUUCUCUGAAAUCAUUAUAACUCUUUCGAUUUUUUGAGUUAUAAGCUGAUAUCUCGAACAGUUUUGCAUGUCUUCUCUUACUAAACGAAAAAUAGUUUAUAAUACUUUUAAGCUUAACUUAAAAGGAUUUAAAUAAACAUUUAAAAAAAUAUGACAUUUUAUUUUUUAGUUAAGAAAUAUUUUUGACUAAUCAUUUGGCAAAUUUCUUUUUCUAGAUAAAAUCAAAUUUCGAAAGACACAAUUUUUCUACUGCAAUUCGUUUCGAAAAGAGUAAUACUUUACGCACAAUUGGUACGAACGGGGAAUUUUUCGGAACGAAUUUUCGUCGUCAGAUAUAGAACACACUAAAGUAUAUGAAAAUACGCACAAUCAAUGUGUGUGACAAAACUCGUCAUACGUAACGAACUGUGCGAUAGGUUUAUUUCUAUUUCUUACGCAGACGAACGACGAAUUAAUUGGGGAAAAUUGUUUUAAGACUAAUUCCGGUAGCCCGAAUUUUCUGAAAUUUGGCAGUUGUGAGUACAGCUAAUGACAAUAC